CUCCCAGAAGGCUGUAGCACCGGCGCGCAGGCGCAGUGGUUUACGAUGCCGGAAGCCCUUGGCCUACGUUGGAGCGCGAGUUCCUGGACAUGUUGAACCGGCAGUGGCUGACAUUCUUUAAAUGUAUUCAAACUGGUCGUUUCAAAACCUACAGAAAUGUCUCCACUUCAUGGUCUCCGGUGGGAGCGGCCUUCAACGAUCAACUGAGGAGAAAGGUGGAUAUAUUUGGGAAGAACGUGGGUCUUUUUGGUGUACAUGAGCUGAACUCCCCAGUAGGAUUUCAGGUGGCCCAAGAAAAUGCAUUGAAUGAAAUGGAGCAGUUAGUGGAACAAGCAUGCAGAACACCACCUGGUCCUCAAGUUGUUCAAAUCUUUGACAGACUUUCAGACUGUCUUUGUAGAAUUGCUGAUUUGGUAAGUAGUGAUAACGUCUUGGCCCCUCCUGAUCUCUCUUACAUCUCCCAGCUCCACAACCCUGCGGGAUUGAACACUAAUAUUGAACUUUGUAAUAGUUUGAAAAACCUAUUGAAUGAUAAAGAAGCCAUUGAUUCACUGGAUCCAGAUACAAGGAGAGUGGCAGAGUUGUUUAUGUUUGACUUUGAGAUCAGCGGAAUUCAUCUGAAUAAGGAAAAGCGUAAAAAGGUGGUGAACCUUAACGUUCAGAUGCUGGACUUGAAUAAUAGUUUUCUGCUGGGCACUCAAUUACCCAACAAGAUUGACCGAAGUGCUAUUCCAGAACACAUUCAGCACUACUUCUCCAUACAAAAGGAUUACAUUCAUGUUAACAGUCUUCAUGCAGAUGCUCCUGAUGACUUGGUAAGUUGCCUGUGGACCUGUCCCAAGUUAUGA